GUUCCCUAAUCAUCCAGUGAAAUUAACACCGACUUUCUACUCAUUCCAUUCAUACAACAGAUCCACCCAACACCAUGGGAAACACAAUUUCCGAUAUGUUGAAGGAGGCGGAUAAGAAGAAGGAGGCUGACGCCAAACAAGAAUUGGAAAUGUUGCAAAAGAUGAUCAAUGCAGUCCUAGACAAAUUUGAGAGUGAGAUCACAGAGAAAUUCUUGAAUGCAGAUAAUACAGCGAAGACCGAAGUGCCCGGAAUCCGUGCCCUUCGCAAAAAACGUUUCUCAACAUGCAAGAUUUCCGAUAAACCUGCAGAUGAAGUUGGUGGUGCUAUCGAUGACUUUUUUGGAGCUGCUACAGGAGGCAGUCCGAAAGAGAAACUCGCCAAUGGAUUUAAGAAAGUUGUAGGUACUGCACUGAAACAGUUCCUCGGCAAUACGGAAAUCGGCGUCACAGAUGCAAGUGAAUACUUCAUUUACAUGCACCACAACGCAAUCAUCCGAAUUGAUCUUAGAAUGUGGCGAUGGAACUUCCAUAGUGAAGGCUUCAAGACGGUUGAUAAAGGUGUCCUAGGAUACAUCUUUUGCGUUUCAGUAGUUGAUGUUGGCGCUCUCAAGACUGCAGAGUUUGUUUACCUCAUAAGUGAAUACGCUGGGGACGAAGAGAACGAAGUCGAGCAAUACUGCGAGCAAAUGGGUAAGAUAUAUGCCGCUGCACGCAAAAUGCAACAGAGCGAAAAAGCCGCCAUCACGGCGAAAUAGUAUCAGUAAGGUUACACUGUCCUUCUUUUUCAUAGAAAAUGUUAAAAUAUCUAUCACAACCUUGACCG